AUGUUGCCGUAUGACUACAGCCUGCAGGCGGUGUCGUCGGGUGUGCCCGAGGUGUCGGCGGUGGGUGUGGUGGUGUCGCGCGGCUCUGCGGCCGCCAUCUCCUUCCUCUUUCCCUACAUGCUGCUGACCGUGUGCCGCAACCUCAUCACGCGCUGCCGCGAGACCUUCCUCAACCGCUACGUGCCCUUCGACGCCGCCAUCGACUUCCACCGCGUCAUGGCCAUGACCGCCAUCGUCCUCACAGCGGUCCACAGUCUGGGUCACGUGGUGAACCUGUAUGCCCUGGCGGUGAGCGAGCUCAGCAUCCUGGCCUGCCUCUUCCCUGCAGUGCUCUCCAACAACGGCUCUGAGAUGCCGCUCCCGUGGACAUUCUGGUUCUUCCAGACAAUUCCAGGCGUGACUGGUCUGCUGCUGCUGCUGGUGUUGUCCUUCAUCUAUGUCUUCGCCUCGCGCUACUUCAGACGCGUCAGCUUCAGAGCCUUUUGGCUUACACACUACCUCUACAGCACCGUCUAUAUACUGACGGUGAUCCACGGGAGCUUCGGUCUGCUGCAGCAGCCGCGUUUCUUCAUCUACCUGAUCCCCCCCGGCCUCCUCUUCCUCCUGGACAAACUCAUCAGCCUCAGCCGCAAGAAGGUGGAGAUACCAGUACUGCGUGCAGAGCUGCUGCCCUCAGGUGUGACGUACUUGGAGUUCAAGCGCCCGGUGGGCUUCGCGUACCGCUCGGGCCAGUGGGUGCGUGUGGCAUGUCUGGCGCUGGGCUCGGACGAGUACCACCCCUUCACGCUGACCUCCGCCCCCCACCAGGAGACCCUCAGCCUGCACAUCCGCGCAGUGGGGCCCUGGACCAGCCAGCUGCGAGACUGCUACCACCCCGACAGGACCGGACACCACGCGGGGGGGCUGCCUAAACUGUACCUUGACGGUCCCUUUGGGGAGGGCCAUCAGGAGUGGACUGAUUUUGAGGUGUCGGUGCUGGUGGGGGCUGGCAUCGGGGUCACCCCCUUCGCCUCCAUCCUCAAGGACCUCGUCUUCAAGUCCUCUGUCAAGUCCAAGGUCCAGUGCAAAAAGAUCUACUUUAUCUGGGUGACGCGCACCCAGAGGCAGUUUGAGUGGGUGUCGGACAUCAUCCGGGAGGUGGAGGAGGCCGACGCGCAGGACCUGGUGUCCGUCCACAUCUACAUCACUCAGCUGGCACACAAGUUCGACCUCCGCACCACCAUGCUGUAUGUGUGUGAGCGCCACUUCCAGAAGGUGUGGAACAGGAGUGUGUUCACUGGCCUGCGCUCCGUCACACACUUUGGCCGGCCUCCCUUCUCAGCCUUCUUCAGCUCCCUGCAGGAGGUGCACCCUGAGGUGAAGAAGAUCGGGGUGUUCAGCUGUGGCCCGCCGGGUCUCACUAAGAACGUGGAGAAGGCCUGCCAGCAGAUGAACAAGCGGGACCAGGCCCACUUCAUGCACCACUACGAGAACUUCUAGAUCAGUGUUUCUUAAACUUUUUCAGACCGAGGACCACUUGUCCCCCCAAAAAUGUUCAGGGACCACCUGUCAACUUAAUUCAUAGUUGAAGGGUGCUAAUUUAACACUGCUAAUUAAGAUGCAGAUCACUUACUUUUUAUUCACAUUAAAAGCAUUAUUGUGGUAAAAAUAACACUUCAGUUAUGUUUAGCUUUGUGAUAAUGUUACAAAUAUAGCUGGUGUGUCUUGGAAGAGUAGAAAUCCCCUCGCGGACCACCUGAGCUCUGUCAUGGACCACCAGUGGUCACCGGACCACACUUUGAGAAUCACCGUUCUAGAUGUAUGAUGUUCAUUAUGUCUUGAGGUUACAUUAAAUAUUCAAGUUCUUUUGUUUCAGACAUGUACCUGUAAAAGGUUGUUAUCUUUUACCAGACAUGUUUUGACGGUGACAUGCGUUUUAAAGCACGUCACAUCUCAACAUCCAUGUGACCCUCUGAUAAAGACGGAAGUUUCACCGUCGAAACAUGUCACGUAAAAGAUAACAAACUUGUACAUGUCUGAAACAAAAUAACUUGAUUAUUUAAGAGAACUUCUAGAGUUCCUUGUUCUACAGUUCUUAAUGAACCACUGGGAUCUUCUACAGUAGGCCUACCUGCUUGACAGAGCAUAUCUAAACCAAUCUGAGAGCUUUUAGACUUCCUGCUCAACAGAAACACAUCCUGAACCACUUCGAGAACUUCCUGCUCACCAGAAACACAUCAUGAACCACUUGGAGAACUUUUGUAGUUCCUGCUCCCAUGUGUACAGUAGCAGCAAAUGUUGGGCCCUAUGUCAUCUCCAAUGGACCCCCGCAGAACAUAUCUUCAUAAAUCGGACUGUGUGUGGGCCCCCUUUAUACGGUAUAUGGGGCCCUGGUGACUCAGUCACACUUUACCCCCCUGUACGACACCCCUGUCUGCUCCACAGCAUUCCGUACAAUGCUACAGGAUGAUUUGCAGUUGCUGUUCCAUAGCCCACUGUAUGCACUACUAUGAAAGAUUGAAACUGAGUUCCUGCACUUCUAAGACCACUUUAUGCAGCAUUUGACAACUUUAAAAGUUCCUGCUUGCUCACGUGUUGUCCUGGUUUCUGUUUUUCAGUAUGACAGCUGAUACAAUCACAGAGUCAUCGCUCUUGCUUGGUCAUUCGAUCACCCUUUUGAUAAUUUAUUAACAUUUAAAAUUGUUAUUGUUGCCUUUUACGUAGUUCUUAUUAGAGGACGUCUGAUACACUUGCAGCAUU